AUGUCUCAAAGCUUCAACGCAAAGCUUGCCGCUGUACAGAGCGCCAUCUCCAACCGACCACCCUUUGUUAGUGGCACUCUCGACGUUCCCGAGGACGACCUCAAGCUCUACUUCGGCGACGUCGGCAACGCUCAGUAUGUCCAUAUCAUCCGGUCUGAAGUGCAUGCUGACCUCUGCCUCAGCUGCAUCAACCUCGGCCACGCUACCCCGGAUGAGCUCGCCGCCCUCGCCGCCGCUUGCCAGCCUGCCACCUUUGGCGUCAACAAGCAAGACGUUCUCGACGAGUCCUACCGCAAGGCAGGGAAGCUCGAUAACAAUAAGUUCGCUUCGCUUUUGAAGCUUGAUAACUACGGGUUGAUCGAUACGAUCCGCGAUGAGCUCCUGCAAGAGGGCGAAGUCAACAAGGGUGUCAAGUACGAGGUAUACAAGGUCAAUGUUUAUGGCAAGGACUCAUUCUUCAAACCUCACAAGGACACCCCGCGCAGCAAGAGCAUGUUCGGCUCGCUCGUCAUCGUUUUCCCCACGCCUCAUGAGGGCGGUGCCCUCGUUCUUCGCGAAGGUGACCGCGAAUGGACCUUUGACUAUGCUGCGGAACUCGCUCCGGCGCCCGAGCUUUCCCUCAGCCAAGCGGCCGAGACCGACGAACCGCAGGACCCCAAGAUCGCUUACAUCGCCUUCUUUGGCGAUAUCGAGCACGAAGUCCUGCCCGUCACUGCGGGCCACCGCGUCACUUUGACGUACAACCUGUAUUUCGACGCUGCUCACCUCGCAAAAACGCUCCCACAGAGUGUCGUCGACGAGGAGGCGCGCUUGCGCACGGCCCUGCAAACCUUGCUGCAGGACCCCGCCCUGCUCCCCAAAGGUGGAUACCUCGCUUUCGGCCUCCGCUUCAUGUACCCGCUCGACCGCAAGUCCCCCUUGCAGGGCCUCAUCCCCCACAUGAAGGGCAUCGACGCGCGCAUCGUGCGCGUGUGCCGCUCCCUGGGGCUCGAGGGGCAGCUCAAGCUCGUUUACGAGGACGACACGGAGUACGAGGGGAACCCCAGGUACGGGUACUACUGUUACGAUCCGGUGAAGGGCGGCGAGCAGGGCGUGAAGCUCCUCAUGGACCGGUUUGUCGACUACAGCGAGGUGUGCGAGGGAGAUACGUUUGGGGAGUAUCUACUCCAAGACGGUGCUCAGCGCGUUCGGAACAUGGGGACGGAGGAGCUUCACCGCGAGGACGAUGAAGAGGAACAUAUUCCUUCCACUGAGGCGCUGUGGGUGACCGAGUUGACGAAGAUCAAUCGCGUGGAAAAUCAUUAUGGUGCGCUCUUUCUUCGAGUUGUUUCUUGCUGA